CAAACGCUGUAUACUCAUAACAUACUUCACUCUAGCUUCUUUCUAAGUUGGUUUCCGUUCAAGAAAUAAGAAGAACAUAUGAAGAACAUAUCACAAAAGAUGAUUACUCUUCGCCUUCCUAUUCUCGUUGCUUCCAUCUUUUUCCAUGUCUUUAUCUCGUCCUCCUUGUUUGCUACGCCUAGUUUUGCUGCUAGAGUAGGUCACUCUCUGGUGCAAGAAGAGGUCACAAAGCUUCCACAGUUUAAGAAGUACUAUGAGGAGCCGGAGCAUCCAGAAGAGCCUGUAUUGCCGGAGGAGCCGGAGCAUCCAAAAGAGCCUGAGGUACCUGAGGAGCCGGAGCAUCCAAAAGAGCCAGUGUUGCCUGAGGAACCGGAGCAUCCAGAAGAGCCAGUGUUGCCUGAGGAGCCGAAGCAUCCAGAAGAGCCUGAGGUACCUGAGGAGCCGGAGCAUCCAGAAGAGCCUGUGGUACCUGAGGAACCGAAGUAUCCAGAAGAGCCGGAGCAUCCAGAAGAGCCGGAGCAUCCAGAAGAGCCGGAGCAUCCAGAAGAACCGGAGAUUCCUGAGGAGCCUGAGGAACCAGAGGAGCCAGAAGAGCCAAAAAUUGGAUAUCCGUCGUGGAUUCCGAGCUUUCCGUUUCCCGGUGGUAACGGUGGUUUUCCGAAGACUGAAAAGGUAAAACCUACGGCAACGGUUAAAGAGGUUCCCAUGAAAAGCACUAGUGUUUCUGAGGAAACUUCGAGUGAUCUGAACAAGAAGCCAUAGAUCAAUUUGGCUGAAGAACGUUAAAAGGGGGCAUUUAUAUAGUGAAUGAUCUUGCUUGAUUAAUGAUAAUAGAGUAUGUGUGUAAUAAUAGUUUGGUUUGUGCUAUUAAGUGCGAGGCAGUAUACUUAUAAAUUAGAACAUGUCAUGUGUGAGUCUCUACUCUCUAACGCUACGAUCUUGAUAUAGUCUUGUACUGAGUCUCUCUUGUAACUAUCAGUAAAUCUAUAUUUAUGUGGUCUAAAAAUUAUAUUUAACUA